AUGGAUCCGAGUGCAAAGGACCCGGAGCCCUGUGAAAACACGGAGUCUGCUGCAGUUUAUGAUUCCGAGAAUGCCUCUUUUAUUUUGGGGGCUGGAAAACUUGUGACUCCUCAGAAGAACCUCGCGGAAGCAACUCCUAAUGUUUGCGCAUCAGAUGCUUUAAAAUCGCCUUUGAACUUUUCCACAGUAACAGUGGAGCAAUUGGGGAUUACGCCUGAAAGUUUUGUCAAGAACUCUGCAGGGAAGUCAUCGCCCUAUCUGAAAAAGUUUAGACGACGUUCUGCGGUUGGAACCCGGGGCUCUCCUGAAACAAACAACCUGAUCCGCUUCAUUGCUCAGCAGCGGAACUUGAAGAAUGCAGAGAAGUCUCCGCUGGAGAGGUCCUGCUGUUCCCCUUUCCAGGGUAGCCCUGGGCCUUAUCGAAAUGUUAAUUGUUCUUUAAGAGAGCGAAUAUCUGCUUUCCGGUCAGCUUUUCACCCCAUAAAGGAAAACAAGAAAAUGGCCCAGUGUCCAGAACUCUCGGAGGCAGAAGCUGGGCAGGAAGGCCUCAGCGAGAACCAGCAGUGCCGGUCCUCUAACAACGCAGCCAAACGCCGGAGAAUAUCCUCACAGAGCAAGUCCACCAACCCUUUUGGCACCGUGGAACAAAAAGUGGGGGGUGCACAGAUGCUGACUGCCGGCUCCCCGAAACUGCGUGCUUCGGGGGCUGCUGCUGAAGGCCCUGAGAAAUCAUGUGACCUUGGUUUUACCCAGUCUGGCUUUGUAUUUGAAGAGUCUGUUUCUGUUCCAGAGCUCACAGAGGCUUCAAGUGAGCUGGCUGUUGCUGACUUGGUGGAAGGCGACACUGUCCCUCUGGAUAUGCUCAUUGCAGGAGUGAGCACCCGUGUGCGCCCCAACAGUGCGUCACCCGUGACACCAGUGCUCACGGACGCCCCACUGCCCGAGUCCUUUGUGCUUCGUUCCGUGUUGAAGAAACCUUCGAAUCUACUUCCUGGGAGCUGCCAGGAACACCACCCCAGCCUCGGCCACCACGGGCCGCAUCCAGGCUUUGUCUCCAGUCCUUCAUGCUGUUGCGAAGGACAAAAAGCAGAUGAAGACGCUCGUGAGGUGCUGGGCCUGCACACCGUGAGGAAGAAUAAGAGAGUGACCUUCAUGGAAGACCUCAGCUAUGAGGUGUUUGAUCAGUCUUUGCCACCAAACAUCUCACUGCGUAAAGGAGGCACACCUGUCUGUCAGAAGGACUUGCACAAGACCAGCCCCCAACCCCCUGAAGAGUCACCUCUUCCUGGACAGUUCCUUCAACCCAAUUUUGAUGACAAGGAGGAGAAUCUUGAAAACAUAGAACUACUUCCGGUUUCGUUCCCGGACCUGAGUCCUAAUAAAUCUUCACCGUCUGAGGCUGUCUUAGGUACUGAGACCUUUAUUUCUUCAAAUAACCUCGAAAAAACAUCCUCUCAUGAAGUCAGUAGAGUAACACAGGCUUCUAACAGAAGGAAGCGAUCAAAUGUUUGCAACUUGGAGAAUAUGGAGACUCCGAAAGAAAAGAAGAGGAAGUCUCAUGAAACCAAGUGUACAAACAAAACAGUUCCUAAAAAGAACCAGGUUGGAAAAGGCUGCAGAAGGAAGAAGGGAAAGGGCAGGAGAAGCACUCCCAAGCCUCUCUACGGGGAGCGAGAAGUUGCUUCCAGGAAGCCCCUCCUGAGCCCCAUUCCCGAGCUGCCCGAGGCCGGCGAGGCGACGCCGUCAGGCGCGGGCAGCGUCCGGCCUGACUUCGGGAGGACUCGUCCAGCCGAGCCGCCCUUCCUCCGGGCGGAUCCGGGGGCGGGGGCGGCCCGUCCGUCCACGCUACACGAGAGCCCCGCGUGGCCGAGCCCCCCCCCUCCCCGCGAGCCGCCCGCCUUCCACGCCUGGAGCUGCCUGGGGGCCGGGGGUUCCGCCCGACGGCGGCGGGAACGCGCGGGCCGCCUGCCGUGUCCUCACAGCCCGGAUCCCACGCUCGUGCGCACGCGCGACUCCCGGCCCACGCUCGUGCGCACGCGCAACCCCCGGCCCACGCUCGUGCGCAUGCGCGCCGCGUGGCUGCGCCGCAGUCAUGAUGAGCGCGCGUCCGGGACUGGGCACGCCUGCCGUGUCCUCACCACCCGGCCCCCACCCCACGCUGGUGGUUGCAGCCCGCCGCGUGCCCGGGAGGAGGGGCCGGCCCUCGACGCGGCCGCGAGGAGGAGGAACCUGUUCCCCGCGCGCCCGGGCCCCGGGGCCCCCAAGCUCCCCAAGCUCCGCCGCCUCUGCCCGGACAGCGCCCCACCGCCCCGCCGGACCUGUGAGGCGGGGGUCGGAGGCCAGCCGUCGAGGGUCGGGGCCCCGGAGCCCCCCGGGGGCGGCCGCUGCCCCAGCCCACCGAGCCCCGCGCCCCGUCCACAGGGCCCCGAGCUCGCCGAGGAUGUGAGCGCCACGCGCGAGCCAGGGGACUCGGCUGCGGUCACGACCGGCCCGCGAGGACAGGCCCUUGCCCCGGGAGGAGAGGAGCCCCGCGGCCCCCGGGGCGCUGCGGAGCCGGCUGCCGGCCAACCCCCGAGCUCCAGGCCCAGGAAGCCGCGGGGACGCCCCGCACGCCCUCGCCCCGUCCACGCGGAGACCCCGGAGAGCCGCGGCCCCAAGCCCAGCGCGGAGACCCCGGAGAGCCGCGGCCCCCAGCCCAGCGCGGAGACCCCGGAGAGCCGCGGCCCCCAGCCCAGCGGGGAGACCCCGGAGAGCCGCGGCCCCAAGCCCAGCGUGGAGACCCCGGAGAGCCGCGGCCCCCAGCCCAGCGCGGAGACCCCGGAGAGCCGCGGCCCCAAGCCCAGCGCGGAGACCCCGGAGAGCCGCGGCCCCAAGCCCAGCGCGGACGCGGCCCGGCUCUGCCACGAGCUGGCGGAGGCCAUCGAGCAAACCCUGCGUCCCGCGGGCGCGCAGCCCAGGGUGCGCCGGAGCACCCGGCUCCAGGGAGACCCCGACAGCACGGGGCUGGUGUGGGUGCCCGCGCCCAGGAGGAGGACCGUGGGCCCGCUGGACAGUGGAGGGCCCGGCGCCCGGGGCCUGCAGGACGAGGAGCAGCCUCCCGCCGCCGUCCUUGCCGUGCCAGGCGUGCCCGCCCCGGUGCCCCGGCGGCGGCGGCGGCGGAGCUGCGCGCCCACACUGGCCGGUGGCGCACCCGCAGCCCCCGAGCCCACCACGGGGCCCCGGGACGCCGGGGAGGCCUGA